ACAAAUGCAAUCAAUUCAACCUGGAUUUCACCAGUGCGACAAAAUACACGGAAGAUGGGAUUAAGUGAGUUGAGUUUAGAAUUAAGUCACACUUAUCCAUUUACUCUGCCAGUUUUUCAACGGUGCUAUGCAAGCUCUAGCUCAUGAUUAUGGAUCCACUUGGUUUACGCACAUUCUGUUUUGUUUUCAUAAAAUAAGGUUUCCUAAAGAAUUCCUGAUUAUCUAGUCAUACUUCUAUGAAUUUGCAAAAAGAUGAUUGCGAUCCUGCCAAAAGCUCAAAUUUGGCAAACAGGUAAUCCAUAUGUGUGAGAUUUUGGAUUUGUGGAUGCUAUGUGUAGGCCUUGUUAAUGCCCUAUGGUUACAGGCAGAAUUUAGGCAUGAGCUCUAUAGAAAUCAAUUUGAACGCAAAUAAUGAAUUCAACAGUUCCCAGGACCAUGAAAUGAAGGAAUCAAUUUCCCGUGCAAAGGCGCAACAGAAGGAAAUUCUUCUUCUCCGUGAGCAAAUUGCUCUUGCCAGUGUUAGGGAAUCUCAGCUUUUAAACGAUAAGUAUACACUUGAGAAGAAAUUUUCAGAACUACGAAUGGCUUUGGAUGAGAAACAAAGUGAGGCUAUAGCUUCUGCUUCAAAUGAACUGGCCAGGAGAAAGGGUGAUCUCGAACAAAAUCUUAGAUUGGUAAACGAGCUUAAGAAGUGAUAGCAACGAGUUCCUGAAAGCAUGGGGCCUCUAUAAAAGCAAGGAUUAGGUCUUUCACUUAUGAAAAUAUUUAUGGACGUGGAGGAUGAAAAAUAUGUUUUCAUGUCAUCUAUGCUUGGCUUACUGACAGAAUAUGGCAUUUUCCCCCAUGUUGCUAAUGCCUCUACUCUGACCCAUUGCAUAAAGCAAUUGCAUGAUCAACUGGAGAUGAAGAUAAGGACUGCACAUGCUAAAAUUGCAACCUUGAACUCUCUGGCAGCUAGUGGGUCUCUCAAUGUGGGUUCUUUUGGUUCUAUCCCCAUUAAUAAUCAACUUCCAGACAGCUCUAUGCAUCUGGAUGAACGGAUUUUAGAUGGGCAAGGGAAUAUUGGCACACAAAUGAGCAGCUUAUUGCUCAAUCCCAGUGCGUCUCAGUUACCGGAUAAUGAAAGUCACCUUAUUAACUCAUUUAAUAUGUAUAGGAAUACUCCAAACAACUCAAAAAAUUUGUUUAAUAGAAAUGGGUUAACUGAGAGUUAUGGGGAGAAGCCCACUGAACCCGAUCAGUUUCCCAGGAGCAAUGAACUAUCCAACUCUCUGAGUGCAGAAGGAAGGAGUCCUGGUAUAGAAGGCUUCCAAAUCAUUGGAGAUGCUAAGCCAGGUGGUAGACUUCAAGGCUGUGGAUACCCCGUUCAAGGAACUUCUCUUUGUAUGUUCCAGUGGGUCCGCGAUAAUCCUGAUGGUACUAGGCAGUAUAUUGAAGGGGCCACAAAUCCUGAAUACAUUGUGACAGCUGAUGACGUUGAUAAACUAAUAGCUGUUUUGUGCAUACCUAUGGAUGAGCAAGGACAUCAGGGAGAGCUUGUGAGUCUUUUUGCAAAUGAUCAAAAUAAGAUAACUUGUGAUCAUGGCAUGCAAUCGGACAUUGAUACUAAUAUUUCCAAUGGCAAAGCCGCAUUUGAUGUUUUAAUGUUGGUUGAUUCUUCUGAGAAUUGGGAACCAGUAACUCUCUUUUUGAGUCAAUCAAGCUUCCAGGUCCAAGUACAUAGAUCACAAGUUGUUGUACUUGCAGAGAAGUACUCAAAAGAUUUGUCAGUCAAAAUUCCAAGUGGGCUAUCAUCUCAGUUUGUUAUAUCAUGUCCUGAUGGGUCGUCACACCCCUUUAGCACCACAAACAAUGAUGUCAGAAUGCGUGAUACACUUGUACUGACAAUGAGAAUCUUUCAAAGCAAGGCAUUAGAUGAAAGGAGGAAGGCUAAAGCGUAGUUUAUUUACAGCCACUUUUCAUUCUUUUGAGGAAUCAGGAAAGGUCAGGGCAAUUGUUACACCCAGUUUUGGUCAAUAAGUUGGCUUAGACUUGCUUGUAGUUAUUAAUGCACUCAAUGUUGGACCAUGUACCAUAUAUUUGUACCAAUAUACCCCUUCAUUUUAUCAUUUUUGUAUCCCUAAAGAGCACUCAAAUUCAAUGUAAUAAUCUAGCAUGUUGAAACAUUAGUUAAAAACUUAAAAUGAGACAUUGCGUAAUGUAUUU